CAAAGGUUCGCUCGAUGAAGAUGAUCAGAAUGGCAAAGCUCUGUUUAGACGACCGAAUUCGUAUACCUGGUGUCUGAUUUAUAAAAGCAGCUCUUUGGAUCGUUUUCCCACGCUGCUUUGGAAUGUUUUUGUUGUUUGAUCUUUGUUUUCACCGUAUACACUUUAACAAGCGUAUGGCUUCACGAUGUGUCAAGAUACUUCCGAUGCGCACGCAGUAUCUUGGGAGUCUCCUCAAGUGACGAGAACCCACCAUUCAUAGGUUUGCCUUAUCAAUGAGAACUUCGUCAGAGAGCAGGUGGAUUGUGUGAGGCCGGAAUGAUGCUCGUGGCCGGAUUUUAUUCCGGCCAUCUUGGAGCGAUGAUAAAAGCAGAGAAUUUUCCCACAAACCUCAAAAACUCGUUGUCUUCUUUUCAUCACAAAAUCCUCAAACUUCAACAACUCAACCCACCCUUUCAAAACAUCUUUUCCCACAUAUCAAAAUGGGUUCUAUGGCCCCUUCCUCCUCUUUUGAGGUUCUUCGAGACACAAAACCAGAGGAUACUACUCUCCCGGCGUUCAUGGUGUCAACGACUCGUGGCUUUCUUCCUCGGCAAGAGCCUAUUAUCAAGCUUCCUGCUGAGUUCGACAUACUUGAGUCCAUUCUCUCUCGUAUGCCGAUCAAGUGUCUUGAUGGUACACCAGGUCUCCUUGCCACAUCAACACUUGGCGAGACCGUGCUCAAAGAACUCCCUGAUCUUACCUCAGCCAUCAACAAAUAUCAAGACAACCUUCCCCUACAGAAUGCAUUAUAUCGAGACUUUUCUUUCUUAGCUUCAGCUUAUCUGCUUGAGCCAUGCCAUGAACGUUUCAUGAAAGGAGAAGCAUAUGGUCUUGGUCGUCAAACACUUCCAUCAGUUAUCUCACUUCCAAUCUCAAGGUGUGCUGAACUGUAAGCUAUCCAUUUUCCCGUUUUAUGUUAUCAUUAAACUCAUCAUAUUCUAGCGCUGGCUUCAAACCAUUCAUGGAAUAUGCUGGAUCAUAUGCACUCUUCAACUAUAGACUCGAGGAUCCUAAACGCGGCCUAGAAUACGAUAACCUCCGACUGAUCCGUGCAUUUGAACAUGGACUUGAUCCAAAGUCAUCCGAGGCAGGGUUUGUUCUCGUCCAUGUUGAUAUGGUUCAGAAUUCUGGCCCUCUGGUUGAUGGUGUCGUCUCUGCUUUGGAUGCCUGUAACAACAGCGAUCGUGAUGCAUUCAACGUCGGCAUGCAAAAAGUUGUUUCAAGUAUGACCAAGGUCAACAAAGUCAUGGAAAUGAUGUGGGGAAAGAGUAAACCAGGAGACUACACUUCCUUCCGAACUUUUAUUUUUGGCAUUACUAGUCAAUCCAUGUUUCCACAUGGUGUAGUCUACGAAGGUGUUUCCGAAGAGCCACUCUCAUUUCGUGGAGAAUCUGGUGCCAAUGAUAGCAUGGUAAGUCCACAUGUGAUAUGCAACUUCCCGUCAAGCCCUUCUAAUAUCUUCUAGAUCCCUCUCUGCGACAACCUUCUUCAAAUCAGCAUGCCAGACACCCCACUAACCACCAUCCUCCAAGAUUUCCGGUCGUACCGUCCAGGAAACCACCGAGAAUUCCUCGAGUACGUCAAACAUCGUUCUCUCCAAGUAUCUCUCAAGUCCUACGCCCUUCAGGACCCCUCAUCCACAGCUCUCUACCUAUUAGCCAUGAACCAGGUUCGUGACUUCAGGUGGCGUCAUUGGUGCUUCACUCGUGAGUAUAUUUUGAAGAAGACAAGUCAUCCUGUUGCUACGGGUGGAAGUCCCAUUGUCACUUGGUUGCCAAACCAGUUGCAGGCUGUGAUGAAUGGGAUGGUUGAGGUUUGGGAGGGAAGUGGGAAGAAGUCGGGUAGAGAGUGUGAGGAUGUUAUGGAUGCGACGAUUUUGCAGAGGGAGACUUUGAGGAAGGAGGUUAAGAAAUAUUGUAAGGAGAGGAAUGUUGAGAUAAAGUAGAGCGGCUUGCAAUAUAUGUAGGAGUUCCUUUAUAC